AGACAAUCCUGACCCGAGCUGCCAGAGUUACAGAUUACUUGUUCACGACCCUCAAUAUCAAUCGGAACACUUUUGUUCACACCGGGACCAGACAAAGACGAAGGAAAAUGACUUAAAGACAAGAUGUGAGCCACUUCGUCUUGUUUCGACGUCUUCUUGCCCUGCUCAGGCGAAGACCCAGCACCUGCAGCAAGAUGGGCACCUCCGCAAAUAAGUCGCGAGCCAGCUCGCUUUGGGCCAUUUGCGAGAGUCCUCCUUGUACCAAAGUGCUCCUUCCAUGUGGUCCCGGCACGAGGACCACCUCCACAAUGGUUGCACUACUCUUUCUCACACUCGCACAAGUAGAAGUUGCUCCGGCCACUGCCAUCACUACAAACCUGCAGAAUCGCAUCAGUUUGCGCAGCCGAAGUAGCCACACGACACUGUCCUCACUGGAAAGAAAAUCAUCAUCGUCCUCCCGGAACGCGAAGCAAAUCGCAAAUUUGGUUUCCGUGCUCGACAGGAUGCAAUCGGACUUGCAGAAAGAGCUGGAACUCGAGGCGCAGGAAGCCAAAAAGAAGCAGUGCUACUGCGAGAACACCAUCGACGAGACGAAAAAGGAAGUCAGUGUGGGGAAAAAUCGGGUUAAGGAGAUUGGGUCCGCUUUGAAGCAGCAAGUUGGCGUCGUCGCGGAGGAGAAAGUGGUGAUCAAAGAGCUGAAAGCGAAUAUGGAUUGCAAAAAUGUCUGGGUCUGGAAGAUUUCGAGAUUUCUCAUGCUAGUUUGGCAUGACUCUGAACUCUGUAUUGCGUGGCCACGAAGACCUCCUCUUGUCUGUCAUGCAAAAACGAUGUUUCUCAUGCGGAAUACGCAACAGAGAGCCACGAGAAAAUCUGUCAUGCUUGGCGGUGCAUUACAAGGCGCUUUCCGUUCACUGACAUGCAUCACAAGUUUCCAGACCCAGACAUUUUUGCAUUUGAAAACGAAGCUCGAGAAACAAAAAGCGGCGGUGUUAGCCGCAACGGAGAUUUUCGAGAAGAACGCAAAAACUUUUGAGGAUGAGAUCAAGGAAGCGAAUAUUGGGAAAAGGGACAUUGAAUCCGCGUUGGUGGUGCUGCAAAAGCCGGGCAUGGAGGUUAUGCAUUGCAAAAGUAAAAGUAUCGUACUCGUAUAAAAUACAAAUUGGCUCAGCAUUACAAAUUGAAUUUGUAUUGCGGAUUUACCUUAACAGCCUAGAUUUGUAAUGCAUACUUGUAAGCAGUACGAGCGCGAUACCUGGGCAAUGCAUAGAGGUGAAGGAUGUGCAAUUAGUGCAAGCGGCGGUGGCGGCGUUAGUGCAAAACUCGAAGUAUCCUGUGCAAAAGUAUCGUACUCGUAUUGCAAUCAUGCAUUACAAAUCGAAAUCCUUUUGUUCAGGUAAGUCCGCAUCACAAAUUUCAUUUCUCAUGCUGAGGAAAUUUGUAAUGCAUUUGUACGAGUGCGAUGCUUCUGCUUCUGCACUGCAUACGAAGGAAAAAGACGUGUGGUUUGGGCGAGAUAGAGAUGUAUUUGGCGAUUCUUUCAUCGAAGGAGCGACCGAUAUUGCAGGUGACUCAUACAACUCACCGGAACAUCAAGCAGAACCCGAUCUGGAAGGAAGUGGAGCGGAGUCGCUGUCUGAUCAACAUGUAGGUGAGAAUGAGAUGAAAGAGCAUCUACAACCGACUAGCACGAGGACAAGCUUUCUGCAAGUGAAGAGUGAGAUGAACGAAUUUUCGAAAACAAGAACUUCAUCUACCGCGGGAACGUCAUUCGCGUCUCAACUGGCGCAAAGUUUGGACGACGACGGGGGCGCAUAUUCCCUGAACAUUAACCGUCCCCAUCCACUUUUUGCAUGACAAGCACAGAAUUUGCUACGUUUUUUGCAUGACAAAUUGGAUGGGGAUGGUUAAUUUUUAGGGGAUAGCGCAAACGCUGGCGCAACGCUCUCUCCAACCCUGGCCCGGCAAAUCAUUGCGAACUUUCUGACCAAGACGACAGCUACAGCUGGUAGUUCUGAUCCGCAAAGUGAAAGUAACAACCCCGUAAUACUGAUGAAAAAAUCGUUGCGCUCGCUGCGCAGCAGCGAUGACCACCAGGACCACGUCGAUCUCGCGUUGCUUCAACUCGAAGGGAGACAAGGGCUGAGUUCAUCCACGUCAGCCAAGAACCUGAUGAACACUCCUUCAUCCCCCGCGCUGUCUCGUCUAUUGGGAAUGUUGAAGAACAUGAAAAACAACUUUGAGAAAACCGCGACUUCUCUUGCAGAGAAGCAAAAGAAGGAGAAAACGGAAUACGACGAAUUCAGAAGCACCACGGAAGGGGAAGUGAACAACUUACAGCAGGUAUUCUAGAAAGAAAAACCACGACGGACUUGCUCGCCCCCAGUUUGUAAUGUGAAAUGAACAUCGCCACGAGCACGACAUGAGGGCACAAUACGAAAAAUUAAGAUACACAUUUCGUCGUGCAGCGCCGUGCUAUUGAUUCUGCUAUAGUUUGUUGUUCUAGCUGCACGAAUACGCAUUAAGUACAACUUGAGGGCGGUGUUGUUCAACAAAGUUUUUUUCCCCUCGAUAGCGGCGGCUUGAUGACAAAGUGAAGAAGCAAAACGCGGCGAAGCUGCAGAUAGAAGAUUUGAAGGAAGAAAGGGGAAAACUGGUGGAGAAAGAGCUCCCCGAAGCCGAACGAUUUUUGGUUGACACCGUGCAAGAGUUAUGCUGAUGUGGAAAAUCACUUCAGCUACUUCUCGCUUCCUUCACUGUGGAUAAUUUUUGAUGAGGACGAUGAUAGAUCAUGAUCAUGAUGCGUUGUAAUGAUCGAAAAUCAAAAUAUUAGGUGGCAUUGACAUUUUGACUUUUGCAGUUCAUGCAUGACAGAUAUCCGCAGGGCAGCAAAACGUCGACAUCACUGAGCGAGGCGUCGAGCCGGUGGUUCGUUUCCACAGGACAGCAGUGCGAUGAAGCGAAAAAAGAGUUUGCCAUUAACGAGAAAGCGCGGCUCGACGAGUUAAAGGGACUGGCCGAGGGUGGUGCAGUGCUGAAGGAAUUUUUGAAGGAAGGUGGAGCAACUACAUCAGUGGCGGCGGGACUAGUGCAAGUAGAGAAUCCAGUGGAACAGGAAUCGGCUGCUUCUUCAAUACUACAACAGGACGAGAGGAGCAGCUCGCGGUUUGAGGUUGUUCAUUCGGACAUCACUCCUGGUGCUGGCCCGCAGCAAGUGUUUCUGCAACUUGGCAGUACGACGAGAACUUCUUCCGUGGAGAGAGAUGAACCGCAGCUACAGCCAGGGACCACUCCUGGUGUCGAUGAUGUAGACCUUCUCGCGGUUUUCAACGCCGAAACGCACUCGGGGAAGAGUAUACUCGCGACGUCGGCAUCAAGUGCAGUUUUACCUUCUGCGAGGACGACAACAUCACCGACUUCCGCGUUCUUCGCUGAAGACACAUUGUCAGACGAAGCGAGGAAGGCACGAGGUACGAAGGAAAGAGGAACAAUGCCCAGGAGAACUUCUACGCCCGCGAAAGCCUUCUUGUUGCAGAAAUUCAAUGACCUCUUCGCGACCGCCGCUGGAGAAGUGGAAGUGCGUGCGGAACAACCCGCGACCACACGAAAAACUGGGUCAUUGCCGCGUGGUGAAGUAGAACAAUCCAGCACGAGUUCGAGCUCUAGCUCCACCGCGCACGUGCAGCAGCUGGCGCAAGAGCAAACAGGGAGAGCGAGUACUUCUAUGGUGCAAGAACAACUUCAGAACAACUACAACAAGCUCAAGGGUGACGUCUUGGCCCAAGAUGAGAAGUCCUCCUCGCAGUCAGGUCUUCAGCUACACCAGCAGCAGAUGUACACGACGCACAAGAAUGCUUCUUUUUCGAACACGCUGGUCGAAAAGAUCCAGAAGCUCAUCACCCAUUUGAAAACGAAACAAGCCGCCGACAACGCCGCCCGAGAUUCUUGCAGCCAAGAUUUGCGGACCAAUGCGGGGAAAUUGGACCUGCUGAAGCGAAAAGAGCAGGAAGUGACCGCAGGGUUGGAGAAAUUACAGCUGUAUGCAAAAAUGCCAUAGAAGUCUUGCUCUUGCACACAAUGUUUUAGUGCAGAUAUUAAUUGCAUCACAAACACUUCUUCGAAAGGAACAGCACUCGAACUUGUCUUUAUCCUGAACAUGUAGAUUCUUUUAGUAGGAGCUACAAGACGAGAUCUGUCCUGGUGCUACUAGUAGAUGAACGAGUGCUAUGUUGCAGCUUCUGCAUUGGAUCAGCUGCAACUGGAGCAGAUUGGGGAAAAGGUGGAGAACGUGGAAAAGCACGACUUGCCGAAAAUCCAGGGAGAGCAGAAGCAGCUCUCGCAGGAUAUGGCUCGUCCGUGCACCUGCGUCGACAAUGAUCUUCUCAACUGCAAUGACGUAUUUGUGAUACCUAAAGUUGUCGCACGAGGAUGGUGCGUCUUCUAGCACAUGAACAUUUCCGCGGCUUUUUUAAUGUAGUAGCUGAGCAUGACAAGGGUUCUGGGUUAUAUUAACAUGAGACAUCAAACUCAAACUCUGCACAGGACCUGUCAUGUAAAAAAUACACCUUGCUGUAGUAGACAAGAUUGUCUUAUCCUCUGGUGAAGUGGAUUGUUUGUGUCUGACAAAAAAAUGUUGUAGGCUCUUCCUCUUGCUUAUUGAGAUAGAGACUCAUUGUCCGAGCUCCUGAGCACCCGGGCAUACAGGAGAGAGAACGGGAAAACAAGCUCUUCCAGGACGAAGUCAAGGAGCAACGGGCGAUGAAGAAAGUGCUGGAACUCGCGUUGAAACAGAUCAGCAAAACGUCGGUGGGGUCUUCUAGUAAGACUGGAGGCGGCACAUCAAGUGUGGAAAAAUUGUAUCCAGGAAAAAACACCCAUCCCCAUCCAUUUUUCGCAUGACAAACGCCGGACUUUAUGCAUGUUUUGCAUGACAAAGUGGAUGGGGAUGGGUGUUUUUUCCUGGAAAAAUUGUUCCACCAACUCAUCACGGAGGCCGUGGAGGAAGAAAAACAGCUAAUGACCUAUCCUGUGCAAAAGUAUCGCACUCGUAUUGCAGUCAUGCUGCAUUACAAAUCUUUUUCUUAAGCUGCGUCAGCAUUGCAAGUUUUCUUUCUCAUGCUAAGGAAAUUUGUAAUGCAUUUAUAGAUUAUAUUACGAGUGCGAUAGUUUUGCACUGCAUAUGACCUCCGAAGCGACAAAACAGCGCGAGUACAUCAGCCUGGCGCAGGAGUUUACGCAAUUGGAAGAAACGCUUGUGGAAAAGCGAGACAAUUUAGAAAAACAGCGUGCGCAGCUGCAGGAAGAAAACUUCAAAGUCCAGAAUGUGGAGAAGAAGCAAAUUCUGUUAGAGAUCGAAAACCACGCGAAGGUGAGCCGGGAGCGGGCAGCGGAGUGUGACUUCAUCCUGAAGGCGUUUGGAAAACGGCAGGCGGACCGGACGGCAGAAAAGGAGAAGCUGGCGAAAGCACAGGAAGUGCUGAAAGGGCUGGAUAAGUAAAGCUCAUGGAGGGCAGCACGAUGGGCACAGGCGGGUUGGAAACUACGGCUCAACAUCCGCUCGUUCUCAUUCGACGGCACGGGAAAGUUUAAGGAGGCCACUCUGUCGUGCUAGGAGUAGGGCAGCAUCAUCUGCACGUGGUGCAGCUGCAGAUAUAUUUUCUUUUCUUUUCGUUGAACUUGAAGAUUUUUUCCAGAAAUGAAAUCGAACCUGUGAUGAUGCUGGUGGACACAAAGAUCGAAAUGUAAGAUGCGGAAAAUAAAAUCAAAUGUGCGCACAGUUAUCACUCUCACCUGUCUAUCAAGCCACGACUUGUGCACUCAUCUGUGCAUUGAUCAAUG